ACUUUCGCCUCGACCACAUCGUCCUCGCUCAGAAUAGUUCUCAUUACUUGGGACCCGGUGCUGCCUGAGCAGUCGGGUGAGUACUUAUCGAAUCUAGCAGUCUAUUAUCGCCCAGCUCGUUGCCAAGUUGAUACAGAUAUACGGAGGCCACCAAUCUGCGUUCGCGUUGCUCGAGAUUCCGAAGCAGAGCCUGUUUGAGGCGCCGAAUAUCAAUCUCGGGAAUCCGUUGAAAUACAUCUCUGUACAGAAGUCAAGUGACGCCUCGCAUGACGAGCCCCUCCGGCCCUUCCUCUCGGAGAAGGCCCAAUGACGCACCCCGGCCAGCACACGACGUCUCACGCGUCCACGCCCGCACCGCGACUGCACCCGCCCAAAACUGUCCAGCGCUCGCACGUUCAUUAUGUGCUUCCCCCGACGCCACGAACGCGCCUUCUUUCGCAACACGACCGCGCUAUGUUUGCGCUGGGUGUUCGCCCUGGCCCUGAUCGCGACCUUGUAAGCGUCGGGGGGCGCGCUCGCACGGCACUAAAAGCCGCGAAGCACCGUGACGAUCAUUGCCGCCGGCCGCGCUUCUUGUACGUGCACGCAGCCCGGGACCUGUUGUCAACGUCGCAGCAGUCCCGGCGAGUCUUGUUGGGCAGCCGUGUGCGUGUGGGCCGCCCGGGUUAGAACGGGGCGUUGGCAGCGCUAUUUGCAUUCGAUCCGAGUUGCAGGCGUACGCUACCGCUGCCGGGGGACGACGAGUCUAAUUCGCGCGACAUAACGCCCGCGGCGCGGAAACAUGCGCGUCAGGCUUCCAACUUCCAAGGGAGACGAGAGUUGCUCGCGACCGGAGACAGUAGGUUCCGUCUGCUCGGCGUUCGCUCGCACCCUGUGUACAUUCUAGCCGCGGUAUUCGCCGGAGCGUGUUGUGGCCACUAGCUGCCGACUGGUUGCUUGGGAACUCCGCGGCGGGCGGGGUGAUACGUUUCCGACCCCGCGCACACCGACCGAGUCCGCCCAGGUGGUGCCAAAGGAACGAACGCUCUGGCGGCAGGUCCCGGGAAAGGCCGAAUAUGUCCUCAAGGCCUCAAGGCCUCACGGACGAUACUCGCUCGGCUUAGCCAGGAAGUCUAUCGUAGGUUUAGAGCGGGGUCGUCCCGCACGGCAGGAUGUACUUUUAGGCUCAAAUCUCCUUCGCAUUUGAUCGCAGGCGUACGCUACCGUUCCGAGGGGACGACGUGUCUACUUUGCGCGGCGUGGUACCGCCCGUGGUACGGCUUCCAAGCUCCACGAGAGUUAUUCGCGCGCACACCGGCAGACAGCACUGGCAGGUUCCUUCUGCCCGGCGUUCGUGCGAGCUUUGAAGUUUGGGUUUCUCUGGCUACGGUGUUAUCCGUGGCAGGCUGUGGCCAUUUGUUGCUGGGGCGCCCCGCGGUGGACGGGAUAUGACUCGCAGGUACCGGAGGUCUCCGGGGACGUCUCAUCGCGGAAGAUGCUUGUUCGGCUCGACCAGGAGGACUUUCCAAUGCUCAGCGGGGCCCUGCGGGGCUGACCGUACUCUCAGGUUGAAAUACAGGCGUACCAGCACCGAGGCAUGCUACCCCUAGGCCUCAUCCCCGGAGUACACUACGAAGGCGCCCUCUUCUCUGUGGAUCCACUCAGACGACGUUCGAGAGGUCGCAGGCCUCCGCACGCUGCCAACGCAUCAGUCAGAGUAUCCACCGGCAACCAUCGCUCGCGGCAUGCAAUACGGCAACUUACUUACUCCCAUAGUGCGGGGCUAUGGCCUUUCGCAAGUAGACGGUGAUUCGGAGCUCGCGAUCGCGCACGCAAAGCGCUCACCGGAGCGCUGACUGCCUUCUGCCUCCUUCUCUUAGUCGCUGCAUGGACGCUCUCCACCUCUCGGUGGGCCUGGCGGUUCUUCUCGAGGUACAGGACACGAAUCCCGGUGGUUCGGUCAAAGAUGCGCUUCAUGACCAGAGGGUGAGCGCGACAAGACAGGCUAUAGAAAGGUUUAGUAGCCUCGCCGAGUGUAUCCCACGGCGUCGCCCUCGGGUUGGAGACUUCUUGUCUGUCCUGGACGAAAUGGCAAUCAGGCGGGUGGAUGAUAGGCAUUGACCUUCCGCUGGCUGUCCAGUUGCGUGCCUUCUUCAGAGAACAUCCUCAUUCACGCCUGGAAUGGAUAAAUGUUUGCAUAUAUCAUAGCGGCAUAGACAAUCUGAUAAAGGCUGUUUCGCCGCCGUCUCAGGCCAUAGAUUACAAGCAUCUCCUCCGAAUCAAGUGUCCAACUUCCCCCAGGUCUCCUUCACCCGCCCCGGUACCCAUACCCGCACUCGCCCCCGCUUUAGAUGGCAAUAGCCCCCGCCUCGACCUCCACCCUCGGCUUCUUCCCCCUCACCGCCCGCCACGCCGCGCGCACCCUCUUCCCCGCGCACACCCUGUACAGCGCCUCCGGGCCCGCCGCGAGCCCGCGCCCAAUCCCCUCCAACAACUUCCCGAUCCCGUAGAUGACCCCGAACCCCGCCGCGACUCCCGCACCCGCCAGGACGACCGGGGGGAGCACGAUCGCAGCGAGCCCACGCAUGAUCGCGCGCACGAUGCGCCGGCCCUCCGAGCGCGGGCGGCCCCCGUCGUCCGAAGAGGAGUCGGAGGACGCGGUGCUCGCUGCCUCGGCUGAGGAUGAGAGCGGGAGGGUGGAGGUGCGGUCGGCUGUGGGCGAGGAUGCGGAGGGGCUGGGUGGGAGGAAGGUGUAUUCGGGGAGGUUGGCGGGUUCUGUGGCGGCGGCGGCGGCGGCGAUGUCUUUCUGCCACUCUUCUUCCUUCGUGAGGGUGGUCAUGUUGUUAGUGGGCGGCGGUGCGGGCCGGGCGGGGGAGUCGUCGAAUAGCAACACGGUGGGCAAUAACGUUUUCGAGCUCGUUAAUUGGCUGACCGGAACUUCUAGUGUGUAUAGGUUUCUCGGAGUUGAGCCAAGGACAGGACGGGGACUGGUGGAACUCGAGUCACUGGUGCGUAUGCCACUGCUCGACUGCGUUGCUUCCUUGUGUACUUUAUGCAGU